AUGGGCAGCCAUGUAGUAACUCCCGGUGUCACGGCUUUCGAAUAUGCCCACCGACGUGCAAAGUUAGCAGCGAAGCUACCGAAGAACGGCAUUGCAAUAAUCAGAGCUGCUGAAGUGAAAUAUAAAGCAAAGAGUGUCUUCUAUGAAUAUCACCAAAAUCCAGAUUUCUAUUAUUUAACGGGCUUCAAUGAACCUGGUGCCUUAGCAGUAAUCGCCAAAAAUGAGUCCGACGAUGACUAUAUCUUCCACCUUUACGUGAGAGAAAAAGACCCUAGAUCGGAAUUAUGGCAAGGUGCUAGGUCUGGCACCCAAGCUGCGCUAGACGUUUUUAACGCAGACGAGACCGGCGAUAUUGAACAAAUCAAAGAUAUACUCCCUAGUAUUGUCUCGGACGCAUCAGAAAUAUUUACUGAUGUCAAAGGAUUGCCCGCUGCGAAAUCGGCUGUCUCACGUUUCUUUCCCAGUAUGCAGCGAGAUACCGAUGCAUUAAACAAAACAGCUGCCAUCUCAAAAAUAAAACCGCUACAACCGCUGCUAAGUGGGCUGCGAGUAUUCAAAAGCGAAGGUGAAAUUGAAAAUAUGAGAAAAGCUGGGAAAGCAUCCGGUAGAGCUUUCACGGAGGCCAUGAAGCAUAACUUUACGACCGAGAAGGAUCUGUAUGCAUUCCUAGAAUACCAGAUAAAAAUAAACGGUUGUGAGCAAUUGGCUUUCGUUCCAGUAGUCGCAGGUGGUCAAAAUGCCCUAAGCAUUCAUUAUGUUCGGAAUGACGAUGUUCUCAGAGAUGGAAGCCUGGUUCUUGUUGAUGGUGGUGGUUCUUAUGGAGGAUAUGUGUCGGAUAUCACGAGGACCUGGCCCGUAAAUGGAAAGUUUACUGACCCGCAAAGAGAUUUAUACACAGCGGUUCUCAAUGUGCAGCGUGAAUGCGUGGGUCUGUGUUGCGAGUCCCAGGAUAUAUCUUUAGAUGAAAUUCACAGCCAUGCUGAAUCUCAGCUCUCAAAGCAACUUACGGAUUUAGGUUUCGAGUUUGGCUUCUCGAAUCUGACGACUUCUGGCUCUCACCGCCUUUCCAUCCCGACAAUCAAGGAGCUAUUUCCUCACCAUGUUGGGCAUUAUGUCGGUCUGGACGUUCAUGAUACAGGGAGCUACUCAAGACGACAUAAAUUACGAAAGGGGCAAUGCAUUACCAUCGAGCCGGGUAUAUACGUCCCAAAUGACGAGAGAUGGCCUGAGCACUUCCGGGGAAUUGGCAUACGGAUCGAGGAUAGUGUCUGUAUUGGCGGCGACCAUCCCUUAGUUUUGACUACAGAGGCCGUCAAAGAGGUUAAUGAUAUUGAGGCUCUCCGACCUUGA